UGUGUCUGUGGGCGCGUGCACAUUUCUCCUCCUCUCGUGUGAACGAGUUGAGAUUUGAAAGUUGAAGCUGCCAGGGAACCCAGUGUGUUUUGACGCUGAGUGUGCGGGUUGGUGUUUUUGAAAAGGUGAAGGAAAGUGAAUGAAGGCGACUGGUACAACUUCUAGACCCCCCAAACACCCCUGAUCUUCUGUCAGUGUGAUGGAUGCAGAGGUGGUUCUGCAGGAUGAGGACAUGGAGGGCUCGUGGACGCUGCUUUCCUGGCUGGCGGCCUUCGUCAUGGUGUUUGGAGGGGCCUUGCCCUAUGUGCCACAGUACCAGGAGAUCCAGAAGAGUAACAACAGUGAGGGCUUCUCCACCAGAGUCUGCCUGGUGCUGCUCAUAGCCAACAUCCUGCGCAUAUUCUUCUGGAUAGGGAAACAGUUUGAGCUGACACUGCUGCUCCAGAGUGUGGUGAUGAUCCUCACCAUGUUUGCCAUGCUCCACCUCUGCUGCACAGUCCAAAACACCAACCGAGUGAGCACCAAGCGUCACCGACUUUCAGACUUGGACUUAAACUACUUCUGGAAAUGGAGUGCGUUUGAGGACUACCUGCUCUUCUGUUUCGGCUUCACAGUGCUGUGUGCAGUUGUCACCCUGCUGCUGCUGGACUCUGUGGUGUUUGUGGAGAUGCUGGGCUCCCUGGCCGUGAUGUUUGAGGCCAUGCUGGGUCUCCCGCAGCUUUUGCAAAACUUCCACAAUCGCUCCACCAAAGGCAUGAGUGUGAAGAUGGUGCUGCUGUGGACGGCAGGUGAUGUCUUCAAGACCACCUACUUUGUGAUGAACGAAAGCCCGGCUCAGUUCUGGGUGUGCGGUUUUGUCCAGAUCCUGAUCGACGUGGCCAUCCUGCUCCAGUGCUCAGUCAUUAUUGAAGGAGUAAACCAGGCCUGAAGCAGGCAGAUGGUGUAGAGACCCGGCGCAGCUCCACACAGCAUGAAGAGGAGGGAAUGACCCAGCAGGACGAAGAUCAAACCUCUCUGAUGGAUGGACUCAUCUGGCCUGUGACUGCAACCAGGGAGUCAGAUCAAACAUUACAUCAGAAACAAAAUGUAAAGAACAUGUAUAACAGCUGAGAGAAUCUAUAAAUGAAGGUAUUAUAUAUAUGCACUAACCUCUAUGUAUCUGAGUUAUACUACAGAUGGGAUGCUGCAGCAGUAUGUUUUGUAAUAGAAAGGGUUUGUUUGAUGCUCCCUUGGUCACUGGAACUUAAGAGAUCCGAACAUUCUCUAAGUCUGCUUGAGGAUAAACAAGCUUAGUUGCCCUUACUUCACCAACUGCUCCCCUGUGGAGUGCACGUAUUCCCCCGCUUUCACAGACAUUUCUCCAUCUGAAGAUCAAGUCCACAGAUGGCCGCAUAGCUCUUUUUACAUCAUCUUGUUCUUACUCAGAUUUAUUUUGGAAUCAUUAGUUUGGUGAAGGGGACAGGUUCGUCUGUCUGUGAAGUUUUUUCUGCCCCAUAUGGUGUUUGGAGUUUGUGUGACUGCAAGGCACAUAUCAUGUAUCUAUGUGCGUGUGCUCAUGUCGACAGUUAUGUGUAUAUGUGUGGGUGUGUACAUGCUCUCUGUCAUGAUGGAGAAUGCAGCACAACAAGUGUCAUGUUACGUGGAACAAGGACAUUAGUUGCUGUUGUUACAGUGGAGCCAGACGAUAUGCAAGCUGGCCAGUAAAUAGAUAAGCAAUGACAGAGACGCAACUCCAGGAAGGGGAAGAUGACAGGAGUCUUUACCAGCUAGUAUGUAAGUUGCUCAGAAUAUCAACUCGGUACUGCAUAGGGAAAAUACAGAUAAUGUGCAAAUAGAGAAGUCAUCUGUAAUGGAAAAAGAGCACAACACUGUCAUUAAAAUACUUUACUCAGGAGUAGUUUCAAUUUAAUGUUGGGUUAUUUCACACAUCCCACAAAACAGUGAUUCAGGCACAUAAACAGAGCCGAACAUAAAACUCAGGGAGACAAAUAAAGGCAAAGGACUGAAUGUUCUAAUGGGAGCAGUGGAGAAUCAGUGGGAGUGAAUGUGCUAUUUUGAUAUAUUAGACAGUGGCUGUGACAGUUCAUUUCACACCUGGGCCUUCACUGGUGUCCUGACCUGAAUUAACCCACCUCUUAAUACCAUCAUUAUGAUGUCACUGCUAUAGAAACCAUCAACAAUAUACAGAAAAGCAGUAAAACAGAACUUUGCAUCACAGACAGGCAUGUCAAGUAGCCAGAAUAAAUGCCAUUACUAAAGCAAUGCUAUAAAAACCCAAGUAACUGCUGCACAAAGUCUGAUAGAUUGCCUCAAGUGAUGUCACUUGAGGCAAUCUAGUCAAGUCAUUGUCAGUUGGGUAUGAAGACAAGAAAUAAGUUUGAAAAUCAUCUCUGCUUGAGGCUUAUAAUAUUAAGAUUAUUAAGUUAAGAUUAUUAAAUUGAGCUGUAGAUGCUCUGGCAUCUAAAAGUGAGUCUUGUUUCAAUUCUUUUCAUCCCUUUCUCUGUCUCUUUUACACACACUCUUUCUCUCUCUCUCCAGAUCCCCUCUCCUCAGCUACAUGAAAUGACUCCAUAAGUUGGUUUAAUAGAGGGGAGUGGAGUCCAAGUGAAAUAUCCACUUUGUCACAGUGCCACAGCUGGCCCCCAAUUUGAAAAAGGAUGGCCAGCAUUUUGUGUUGUUUGCCCAUAUGUUCUCUUGCUCAGAGAGGUGUGUGCUUGUGUUUGUGUGUGUGUGUGCGUGUGAAAGAGUGUGUGCGCGCACGUGCUUGUGAUGAUGUGUUUGCAGUCCAGUGCCCCUUUUGCCUCAUGACUGGUUCACUCUGCAGCACUCUGCUGCCUUCCCUCCUCUAUUCACUACUUGGCAUGUAAGGUCACGCACGCAGCACACAUAAACACAUCUACUCCUUCACCCUCACACACACACACACACGUGCACACACCAGCUGUUUUCUCUGCACUAAGACAAACUGCUGCAGCAAAAACAGCAGACAGGGAAGCUUCAGUGAAAAUCUCAGUGGCAUAUUUAACAUAAAUUCCUCUGCCCUUGCACAACCAUUCACUGGUUUAGGUAUAGAUGAAGACCGAGAGGCUGAGAGGAGUACACACACACACACACACAUGCGCGCGCACACACACACACACACAGAGUUCCUCCACUCCCCGAACAAUUAGCUCAGGAUUAGAUUGAGGUCAAUACCCUGAACUCCAUUGCGUUCCCAUUUUGUGUAACAUUUUAAUCAUUCCAAUUCCUUUCCAAACAAGUUUCUUUUUUGCCUUCAUUUCUGUUUUUAUGGUUCAAUUUAGAUUCAAAUUAAGCCACCUCUAAUCUAGUACUUAAACUGAACACUGGGACUCUAUUGUAGCUUCUCGGACUAUUAAUCUUCUGGUGGAAGCUAUUUUCCGCUCACAGGUGAGGUAAUUAUAAUGUCUUUUUAUAUGCAAAGAAGUUUAUGAUACAAAGGAGCUGCACAUACCGCUGAGCACCAAUCUCUAGGCUGCAGACUCUCUUAUGGGCGGGUGAUGUAAGCAGGAGGGGCUGAUAAUGAUGAGGAUGAUGCAGACAAUGACAAACACGGCCAUGAUGAAGAUGAUUAUAUGGGUUAUGACCCUCAU